UUAGUGUUUGAUUUAUCCAGCACAGUGCUACUGGUGAGUGUAUAUGUCACUUGAAAUUUAUUCAGUUUUAGACACUUUUACAUUCUGAUUUAAUUAUUUCUCAAAAUGUUAUUUAAAUUUUUUUUUUCAAAAUGUCUGCACUUGCGUUUCCCUUAAAUCAUACAAAUGAACAGUUGUUUGUGUGAAGUGCUGGUGGUCUGGUGGUCAGAGCUCAUGAUAUGAGAGCAAAGCCAGAUGCAGGAGACCAGGGUUUGAAUCCUCAUCCUGCUGUUGCACUAGAUGGUUUUGGGGAUUAUACCAAAAAAAAAAAACACUUUUCUCCACCUUUUUCUGCUGCUCCUCUUGCUUGCCCCACUUCUCUUCCAUCUUCACCCACCUCUCUCCCUUCUCCGUCCACCCUUCAUUUCUCUGGUCCAUGUUUCUCAGAGUCUUGCCAUCAUGCCCUUUGACUGCUGUGCAGUCCAUCUGUUUUAUCACCCCAGGAAUUUUUGCUACUUAGUCCGUGUUUCACAGAGCGCUCUCUUUGAGCCUCAGGUAUCUACCCUUGCUGUCACCGCCCUUUGUUUGGUGUAUCGCCCCAGAUACUUUGCUGUUCCCACAGCUUUCUUUCGUUGGUGUGAGCCCCACACACCGAGGUGUGACUUGAACCCAUGCCUCUACCGUAACCUAUUCCGCAACCAACGUGUGUUUAGCCACUAGUGCCAUCAUGGCUUUCACACCAAGAGUUGUUGUUUGGGGCACUUUGUUGGAUUUAAUGACAGCAAUUUAACAUAAGCAAUAGAGGGAUUUGAACCCAGGUCUCCAAGAUGAAAACACAAUGCUUUAUCCAUUGAGCCACUGAGUCUUUGGAAUUGGUGUGCGUUUUGAACGGGUUUAAUGGAUACCUUAGAGUUGGUUUAAGAACAAAAGCAACAACUGAAAGGACGUUAAAAUGGGAUAUGAACUCAGGUCUCCAAGGUAUAAGUGCAAUGCUGUUUCAACUGAGCCAUUGAGCCUGUGGGGAUUUUUUGGGGCUUUGGAUGGACUGUUAUGGAUACCUUUGAGUUAUAUUAAGUAAAAAGUGGGAUUUGUAUAGUAGUCUUUGUUGCAGCUAACCUGUGUUAACCACUGCACCAUUGUGGCUCUUGCAUUUAGAGUUGACGUUUGAAACACCUUGUUGGAUGUACAACUGAAUGAAUGUUAAAGUGGGAUUUGAACUCACGACCCCAAGAUUAAAACAAAUUGCUGUAUUUCCUGAGCCACUGAGUUGUGUUAGUCUGAGUUUCAUUGAAUCGAACUCAGGAUUCCUGAAUUAAAGUGUAAUACUUUGUCACUUGAGCCACUGAAUCUGACAAGAUGUUUUGGAUGGGUUUUUCUUGAGAGCUUUGUGUUAUAUAAUGGAAAACUUUCUGAAAUUGAUUUAUUGAAACCAACAACUCAGCAUGUGAUUAUAUGAUGUUUGAGUUGGUUCAGACUGAUUUUCAUUUUAGCUACAGAAUUACUUUAAAUAAAGUUGCGAACUCAGGCCUCCAGGAUUGAAGUGAAUUGUUUUAGCAUUUGAGAACCAAGAACUGCACAUUUGAUAGGCAAACAAUUAAUCACUGAACCACAGAAUUUGUGAUGUCUGAGUUGAUGCAGAUGGACUGAUUUUCAGUUUAGCUACAGAAUUAUUUAAAAAUAAUGAUAAUAACACAAGCAAUAGUGGGAAUCGAAUUCAGGACUCCACUAUUAAAUCGCAACACUUUAUCAAAUGAGCCACUGAAUCUGAUAAGGUGGCACGUGUUUUAGAUGUGAUUUUCUUUAAAGCCUUGUGUUAUAUGGAAAAAUGUUUUCAAUUGUUGAAUUGAAACCAAGAACUCACCAUUUGAUAGGCAAAUGAUUAGCCACUGAACCACAGAUUUUGUGAUGUUUGAGUGGGUUCAGACUGAUUUUCAUUUUAGAUGCAGAGUUACCUAAAAAACAAUUUAACAUAUAAGCCACAGCAGGUUUCGAACUCAGGACUCCAGGAUUAAAGCAUGCUGCUUUACUACUUGAGCCACUGAGUCUAACAAACAAAGCAAGAUGUUUUGGUGGAGUUUUUCUUGAGAGCUUUGUGUUAGCUAGAAUAGUUGUGGGAUUUGAAUCAAGAACUGCACAUAUGGCAGGCAAAUAAUUAACCACUGAACCACAGAUCAUGUGACACUUCUGUUGGUACAGAUGGACAGAUUUACUUUAAAAAAUCAACAUAAGCAAAAGUGGAAACCAAACUCAGGACUCCAGGAUUAAAGUGCAAUGCUUUAUCACUUGAGCCACUGAAUCUGACAAGGUCUGACAAGGUGCUUUGGAUGGGUUUUUCUUGAGAGCUUUGUGUUACAUGAUGGAAAACUCUUAGCAAUUGUGGGAUUUGAACUAGGAACACCACAAGUGACAGACAAACAACUAGUCACUAAGCCAUAAAGUUUGGGCUAAUAGAGUGGGUUCAGAUGGUUGGUUUCCAGGUUUGCUACAGCAUUACUUAAAACAAUUUAACAUAAGCAAUAGUGAGAAUCAAACUCAGAACUCCAUGAUUAAAACACCACUUUAAAAAAAGUGUUUGUGGAUAUGUAUUUAUUUAGUUUUGUUUUACAUGCAACAAUAGGAUUUGAACAAAAAACGAGCAUAAAAUGCAAUAUUUUACUUCUUGAGCAACUGAGCUAUGCAUGGUAAAUUCAAGCUUUAAGAUUUAGUUUUCUGUUUUUCAUAUUCAAAUAUAAAAAUAACAAGAUUUGAACCAAGACUUUUAAAUAUAAAAGGCAUAUAAUUAUCCUCUGAGGUACAAAUUGUUCAUAUCACGUUUUAUGUUUUAGCUUUUGUGAUUUUAUUCUCUUUUAAAUCAUUCAAUUAUUUCCUACACCUUAUCAUUGUUCAUUUAUAUGCACAGUCACACAAAUGGUAAGAACUUUAUUAAACUUUAUGAAAAUUAUUUUAUAUACAUAACCUGUAAAUAACAUAAUUUGUUAAUUCAAAUUAAGUUUAUAAUGAAUAUAUAUGAAUUGUGUAUCAAAACAGUCCUGACUUUGAUUACCUGCUUCAGCUGUUUUCAAUCAGGGUUAAAGCUAAACCCAGGUAUAAACCAACGCUGAAUAAAAUCUUUAAAAACUCCAACCUAACGCCCUCUUGUGGUGAAUUGACAAAUAGAAUUACACUGAAUAAAAUCUUUAAAAUCUCCAACCUAACGCCCUCUUGUGGUGAAUUGACAAAUUGAAUUACGCUGAAUAAAAUCUUUAAAAAACUCCAACCUAACGCCCUCUUGUGGUGAAUUGACAAGUUGAAUUACGCUGAAUAAAAUAUUUAAAAAACUCCAACCUAACGCCCUCUUGUGGUGAAUUGAGAAGUUGAAUUACGCUGAAUAAAAUCUUUAAAAAACUCCAACCUAACGCCCUCUUGUGGUGAAUUGACAAGUUGAAUUACGCUGAAUAAAAUAUUUAAAAAACUCCAACCUAACGCCCUCUUGUGGUGAAUUGAGAAGUUGAAUUACGCUGAAUAAAAUCUUUAAAAAACUCCAACCUAACGCCAUCUUGUGGUGAAUUGACAAAUUGAAUUACGCUGAAUAAAAUCUUAAAAAAACUCCAACCUAACGCCCUCUUGUGGUGAAUUGACAAGUUGAAUUACGCUGAAUAAAAUAUUUAAAAAACUCCAACCUAACGCCCUCUUGUGUUGAAUUGACAAGUUGAAUUACGCUGAAUAAAAUCUUUAAAAAACCUAAACUGAACGCCCUCUUUUGGUGGAUUGACAAUAUAAACAUUUUAAUGAGCCACUCCCACAGAAGGCCUUGAGUUGUGUCACUGACUGAAAACUUUAAAAACAACUGAGCGCCCUCCUGUGGUGAAUUGACAAGUUGAAUUAUGCUGACUAAAAUAUAUAUAUAUAAAAAAAACUUCAACUGAACGCCCUCUUGUGGUGAAUUGACAAGUAGAAUUACACUGAAUAAAAUCUUUAAAAUCUCCAACCUAACGCCCUCUUGUGGUGAAUUGACAAGUAGAAUUACACUGAAUAAAAUCUUUAAAAUCUCCAACCUAACGCCCUCUUGUGGUGAAUUGACAAGUUGAAUUACACUGAAUAAAAUCUUUUAAAAACUUCAACUGAAUGCCCUCGUGGUGAAUUGACAAUAUAAUAAUUUUUAAUGAUCCACAACUGCACAUUUAAAGAAUUUAUGCCAAACAAAUCAAUCACGGCUGCUUUAACGGAACAUUGAUUUCUACAAUGGAAACAUUAAAUCAGAAUCUAUAUUAUAGAACCACAUAAUUUACACUAACACGAAUGACAAAGAAAUAUAUUCUUUAUUAACUACAAAUGACAGCAUUUAACCCACAGCUUGAACUCAUGUUUUAUGAUCCUGAAGACAAAAUCAAAUAACCGUUUAAAACAACAUUAUGAAACACUAAUUUGUACUCCAACAUACAUGACCCUUAACAUUUCAGACCCAAUACACAAUGAUGGUGACACUCAAAAUUACACAAAGUAAGAAAUGCUCUCUAACAUCAUUGCAUGACACACAACUGAAAGAAACAACAAACACAACAUUUCUAAUGUGAAUAAUGAGUCAAAUUAUGUAGCAAUUUACAGUUAAAAAAAAACAGUGAAGCACUUAUUUUUUUGGCCCUUUUAGGUGCUCUGUGUGUCUGCCUUUAUUCACACUCCUGGAAAAUAAAACCACAACAGGAUUUUGUCAUGGCUAGAUGGUAACCUUCAUCCUGUGUAACUGCUGAUAUAUGUAAGACACAUGAUGGCGCUGUUAGUUUCAUAGUGUUUCCUACACCGUAAAUAUGCCACCUAUGAGGUUUUCAAUUGUGGUAUUGCCAUACAAUUAGUGAAGAGGGAAUCUAUUUCUGCAUUCAUCUUUUAUGAGAGCCAUUGAUGUUAAUCAUAUUAGCAUGUACUUAAUAGACACCUAAUUAAGGAUACAUAUGGUCAAAGUUAGACGACAUUUUAACAUUAAAAUUAAUUAUAUUGUAUUUUAAAAGUUCUAGUGCCUGGAAGCUUCAUUAAGGUCACCAAACAUCAUUAGUAUAACCUAAUCAAUAUUCAUGAGCAUAUCCAUUCCAUAUUUUACUGGUUUCUUAUAUCUUUUUAUGUCAAAUAUAUUAAGUGCAAAAUUCUGCAUUGUAUAAAGGCAGAUAUUAUUAACAGACAUUAACAUUCAAAUCAGCCAAAUGGAUUAGGGUCCAACAAUUAAUUCAAAAACGGAAUAUGAGCAAGUUACUUGCACAUUAAGCACACAAACUGAACAUUAUGAAAUGAUCCUCAUUCAUAUAAUGUGUUUAUAUCAGUCUUGCACAGUUUAUUAUGUCUUAUGUCUAGGUUUUAAGAAAGCAAACUGUGUGCUUGCACCAUGUGUGUUUGUGAGCCGCUACACUUGAACUCAAAUCCUCUUGCCAUGUCAAAGUGACCUGCAUUCUCAGGGUGUCAAGAGAAAGCGGGUCAACACUAAAUAUAUCCUCCAGACCUGUGAAAAAAACAAAGUCAGUCUGUGUUUUGCAACGCUGUGAGGUGCAUGUCAUUUCUUCCUAUAGUUGAUCAAAAUCUCUCAGGACGGAUUCACAGUGAAAACUGGAAAUCCGUGUCAGUUUCAUAAUCAAGUUUUCAUUGCGAUUGGAGUUUUGUUCAUGCGUGUGUCUUUUCGAGUUUUGAAACACAAUGGACUACAUGGAACAAAUGGAUGAAGAUCAGCUCAUUGACUUCGUUAUUCAAAUGAGCCUCCAAGAUGCUCGCAGUCUUUCUGUUUUGAACCACCCGCUAAGCCCUUUAGAAACAGCUAGUGAUGAAAACCUCAAGAUUGUAUCUGCUAUAGAUCAAGGUGAUGUGUUUGCACUGAGGCAACUGCAAAAAUACAGUGAUGCCUAUAAGGAAGAAGACAGCAAAGGUUGGCUUCCGAUGCACAGAGCGUCAGUCCAGCCGGAUGCCCAUGUGUUGGAUAGCGUCCUCCUGGCAUCCUACGAGCUGAGCAUGGAGGAGAUGACGGCCGACGGAGACACCGCUUUGACUCUAGCUUGUCAAGCAGGACAUGUGGAGAACGUGAAGGUUCUUCUCCAACACAGAGCAUCUCCACACAACAUGAACCACAGGAAUGAGACUCCACUUCUCCUGGCUGUGAGGGCAAACUCGUAUGAUAUGGUUCAUGCACUGAUAAUGGGAGGCGCCUCCGUGCAGCAGGUUUGUUUGAAGAAAUGGACGGUCACCCAUGAGGCUGCUAAAGUGGGUUGCAUGGACAUCCUGAUGCUGCUGCUGAGACACAGGGGGAAGGCCAUGGGACGGGAUGGUCAUGGGGUCACACCGCUGGGCAUCGCCGCAGAGUACGGCCAUCCGGAAAUACUGGAAAUCCUUAUCGAACAUGGGGGCGACGUCACAGCACAAGCUACAAAUGGAGACAGUGUGUUAUAUGACGCCGCAGGCUGUGGGAACCUGGACUGCAUUGAUCUACUCUUACAACAUGGUGCCAGUCCUAAUGUAGCCAGUCUUUGCUGUCAACUGCCGAUUCACCACGCAGCCUAUGAGGGGCACUACCUGGCUCUGAAGAGAUUCAUUCUCAUCACCACUAAGAGGGCCACUCGUCUGUCUGGGAUGAGUCCGGUUCAUUCUGCGGCGGACGGAGGCCAGGCUGACUGUCUCGAGCUGCUCAUCAAGAAAGGAUUUGACGUCAAUUCAAUCCUGGGCUGCCAUAUUUCCGAAAACUACGGUGACAUGAGGAAGACCCCGCUGUACUUCGCCGUCUGCAAUGGAGACGUCACGUGCGCCGAGAUGCUUCUGAAAGCAGGUGCGAAGCCCGACCUGGACCCACUACGCUGCCUCCUGGUGGCGGUCAGAGCUGGGAAGUACGAGCUGGUGCGGCUGCUUCUCGCCUACGGGGCAGACGUCAACUGCGUCUUCUCCGUCGUCAGCAACACCUUAUUUCCUACGGCACUGCAGUACUGCAUCAAAGAUGAAAUGAUGCUGCGCCUGCUCCUUAACAACGGUUACCAUGCAGAAAGCUGCUUUGAAUGUUACCACGACAACUGUGUAACAACAUACACGUGGACAGAGGCUCCUAGCCAGUCAUACCAAAUCAAGAGUGCAACGAAUAACGUAACCUUUGGUGAGUUUAUUAGCGUGGCAUGGAUGGCACACUUGGCAGGGAGGGUGGUGCUGACACUCCUAGAUUACGUGAAUCAUGUGCACAUCUGUUCUAAACUGCAACUUAUUCUGGAGAGGCAGGAGGAGUGGCCCGAUAUCUGUGACAUCCUUAGGAAGCCACGCCCUCUGAAACACCAGGCCAGGUUGGUUAUCAGGAGACGUAUGACACUGACAAAACUGAAUGAUCCAGAGUUCAUGAGCACCGUUCCUUUCCCCCCGGCACUGAAGAACUUCCUGCUCUACAAAGAAUAUGAUGUUUAUGGUCGAAUGGAUGAACAGUAGACAUAUGCAUCUACACUCUAAAAAAAGAUGGUUCU